GGCAACAUCAAAAGAUCGCGUUGCAGUACAUCUUCGGAUUUCUGAUAAUCCUACGAUGGCUACUCUUAUCUGGAACGUUCUUGGUUUUCUCUUAUUGGCAACUACUACAAUCAUUUCUGGAUUACCUGCGCUUGAUGAUUCGAAAAUUAUCGCCAAUAAUGAUGAAGAAAAUUCAACUUUGUCAUUGGAUCUUGUACCUCCUAUGAUAAAAGAUGACGACGAUAAGAAUAUUACAUUGUUUAUUAUAAAUCUUUACGCUGUACGAAAUCAUUCGGGCGAAGCAUCGGAAGAAGUGCUCGAUAAUAGUCUCAUAGAAAAAAUGCCUGAUAUAAUAGGUCCCUUAGCAACGAUAUUCCUAGUUGUAGAGGAGGGAGAAGAUGAGAAACCUGUCGAUCUCGACGAGAUGGCAAAGUACAUGGAGAAACAUGGAUUCAAAAUGGAUAAAAUCGAUGAGAGUGGUGAAACGAGUGUUCUCAGAACAGAAAUAGCGGACAAAGAGAUAGAUAACGUAAAGGAUAUUUUGGAAUCAACGGCAGACAAUUCAUCAACGGAAAAAUUAUCAAAAUCUAAGAAAUAUAGAACGAGAAGGAUGGCCUGUCAUAAGUGUCACGGAGGUGGAGGUGGAGGUGGCAGAGGUGGCGGUGGAGGUUACGGUGGAGGUGGAGGUGGAGGUAGUUAUCAAUAUUACGAUCCAUACGGAGGACAAACGAUUGGUGUUAUACCGGUAUAUGUAGUACCUGUUGCGGUUCAACAACAACCACAGAGACCUCAGUAUCAUCCUCCACCUCAGCCGGUGUGCGAUCCGUGUCAAGGACGCGGUGGUGGUGGUGGUGGUGGUGGCGGAGGUGGCGGUGGUGGUGGUGGUGCAUGGGCACAUGCGAGUGCUCAAGCCAGUGCUGGAAAUUGGUGAUUAAUUUUUUGAAUAAUCCACUCGCUAAAAUGAAUCUUCAAGGAAAUUAGAUAUUUUCUUUUGUUCAAUAUUAUUGACGAAAGAAAAGAAAGAAGACGAAGAAGAAGAAGAAGAAAAAAAAAAGAAUUAUUAAAUUAACCUCGAAAAACUGCCUAACAUUAAUCACAAUUUGUUAACUAGGUUAUUUCUAAUGGUAGAGAGAAAGAAAAAAAUAGCGUAACCUGUUAAUUAUCCGCUAUAUACUGUAAAUGUAAUUAAAAUUAAGUAGAUAAUGACAAGUUGACUAGACUUGAUCGCAUGGUUCAAAGAAAAUAUGAAUGCAACGCGAUAUUUGCACCUAUACAAAUCAUGUGAUUGGAAAUUGGUUUUUCGGAUGAAUUAUAAAAAAAGUGUAAUUGUUGUAUUGACGUAUAACGAAGUGAAAAUGAA